AUGCGCCAGUCACCGUCAUGGCCGGUGCGGCUCCCACUCCCGCCCGUCAUGCUGCUGAUCCUGCUCACGUAUGCAUGGACACUGCCACGCGCGUUCAGCAUGCACGCUGUCGAUCACGACGCAGGCGCCGAUGUCCACAGCACCGGAAGCCCGCUUGCGGCGAGCGCGGCAGCAGAAGAGCACCUGACAGUGUUCAUGUGCGCUGGUAGCGGCGAUCUCUCAGGUGUGCACGAGCUCUCCGGCCUUAUUACGGCUAUGGAGGGCACGCAGGUGCUGUCACUCAAGUACUGCCAGGCAGCGCACCUGGGCUACAUCCUUCACGCCGACGGACACGCGGUGCGCAGUCUUGCCGUCACAACAGGCCUCAACUACAUCAGCUCCACACUCUGCACGCGGAGCGUUCUGAGGCUACGUCGUCAACGCGGCUACACCUACGACGCCAUGGUGUACAUUGGCACCUCCGGCUUCUCGCCGAUGGUGGGCGGCUGGGAUCCGACCAACACGUCCUCCUACGCUGCCUUCAAGGCGAGCGAAGAGGAAGCGACGCUAAAGGGAGAGGCCACCACCAGCAGCGUGGACACGGCAUCGCCCGCACCGCUGUUCAAGACGCUGGAGCAGGUGCGCGAAGAGCAGGCGGAGGAGGCGCGACUUCGGCAGGCAGCCGAGGACGGCGGCCAGCUCUUCACGCUCCCCACGUCAUCGCAUCUCAACUUCGAGGACGCGCGCACUGGUGAGCAGAUGGACUGGGACGGGUGCUCGCCACGCGUGCCCAGCGCGAUCACUCCACUGUCUCUCGGCAGUGUGUGCGUGACGUCGACGGCGUAUCUCAUCGAAACGGGCUCCUGCACGGAGCGUGUGCGUCACACGCAGUGUAGUCGGCCGCACUGCUCCUCCCUUCGCAGUGAGCUCGCCAGUGAAGCGAAAAUUUACUUCGCCAGCGACGCCCUCGCUCGAAAGAUCAAAGCGGCAUCGCAUGGCAAGACGUGGCCGGAGAUGCCAGAGAUGGUCAAGAAGGGUCAGCUGCGCUUUUGGUCUACCAACGAGGCUGUCCAGCCAGUUGGCGAAGGGGAGGAAAGCCACCGCGUCGCCCCAUCUCACCCGUCGUUCGUCACCUGCGCUGAGGCCACUAGUAACGCGAUCAACACUGGAGCCGAACGCGAAUACCUUUGCCGAGAGCACACUGCUCACGCCCUCGGCAUCGCGCAGAACCAUCUUAGUAAGCGCGAUCACAGCGAAGCAGCUCCGCAGGGGUCGCCGCUCACCACACAGAAUGUGGCGUGUGUGCGGGCGAUGGAGUCGAUGGGAUUCCUGCGCACCCUGGCAGACGACAUCACCGCCCGCGACAUUCCUGUGGCUGUGGUGCGCAGCGCCUCGAAUUACGUUAUGUAUCCCAUGAAGAAGAUGUACGUGCCGCCGGCAGUGUGGCGAUCGGCGCUGGAUGCAGGCCAACUGACAGUGAGCCCGCGCGUGGCCGCCAUGCUGAAGCUAGAGGAGGCCGCCGCUGCCGAUGGCGAGGAAGCUCUGCGUGAAAGCGCCAUCGCUGCGUACACGUGGCACCAGAACCCCUACUUCAUGCCUGAGGCCGAUUACCAGUCCUUUCUCAAUGCGUCCCUCCGCUACGCCGUUGACACGGUAACCUUCGUACUGUCCAACUACUUCUUUGGUGGCCGCAGCUUUGCCUGA